AUGACUUCCUCUUCCAUAUGUGCCGCGCCGGCGUGCUCAAACUCCGCUACCGACACCAAGAUGCCCGGUGUACGAUGCCCCAAUUGCGAAGCGCAGGGGCAAGAAAUUUGGGUGAUCCCAGGCAAGAACUGUCACAUCUGUCACACGCCUUGUAUGUGA